ACACACACACACACACACACACCUUUGCCGCUCUUCGCCACCCCCGAAAACACACACAUACACCUCCGACCUGCACUUGGCUACGCGCGGACACUCCUUCCCCUCCCCGCCUCCCCGCACAAUGUCGCAGACGCCUGCCACCGGCUCCCCGAGCAGCGGCUCGGACGCACCCCCGAAGCCACCGUCUAUGAUCGCCUCCACUCUGGCCAAGCGGAUCUCCUCUCUCGGCCCCGACGUGCAUGAUCUGAUCCGCCUGCGGGUAAUUCACACCCCAGAUGGUCAGCGCCGGGCUCCAGCCGAUGCGACCCAGCGCAUGUACGACCAUGUCGUCAAGGAUCUCAACGUUUUCAAGAACUUCCGCCCGGCCACCGUGAUGCAAGAGCUUGGGAAAGCCAUUGACUACAUGGAGAGGCUGGAAGUCUACGGAUCCCAGAACCCCCUGGAGGAUACCCCUGUGACGGCGCUCUUCACUUGGAAGCUGACGGCCGACACAUCCUCCCCAGAGGAGGACAUGAGCAGCUUGGAGGCCGAUGACACCCCACUGGCCGACUCCGCCAGCUCGAGCGAGCCUGCCAAGCGUCCCCGUGAGACGGCGGCUCCCGAUGCCGAGCAGCCUACCGGCACGACCCCCGCCGACGGGACUCCCUCGCGCGAUGAUGCGCAGCCAACCCCGAAGAAGCGCCUCAAGCGCCGGCCGGCACCCGGGCAAACGGGCUCUGCUCGCGAUAUGGGCGGCCUCCCCGGGCCCGACGGAGCCCCGGCCUCGGUGCCGAUGAGCUUCCUAUCAGAGCGCCCCACCCUCCGGUUCAGUGACAUCGGUGGCAUCGAUCAAAACCUCCAGCGCGUGCGCGAGUUCAUCGAGUUCCCCCUGCGCUUUGGCUCCCUUUACGCGCAUCUUGGCGGCUCGCCCGCUUCUGGUCUGCUGCUCCACGGCCCGCCUGGCUGUGGUAAGACCAUGCUUGCUCAUGCGAUUGGCGGCGAGUUUGAUGUGCCCUUUUUCCGGGUCUCUGCGCCGGAAAUGAUUUCCGGCGUGUCCGGUGAGUCCGAGCAGCGCCUGCGUUCGCUUUUCGCUGAGGCCCGCCGGAUGGCACCCUGCAUCGUUUUCAUCGAUGAGAUCGAUGCCAUCGCCCCGAAGCGUAACCAGGCCGCACGUGAGAUGGAGCGCCGCAUCGUCGCCCAGCUGCUCACUUGCAUGGAUGAGGUCGAGCGCUAUUGGAAGGAGUCCAAUGGCAAGUAUGUCUGUAUCAUUGGUGCUACCAACCGGCCGGACUCGAUUGAUGCGGCGCUGCGGCGAUCGGGUCGCUUCGAUCGGGAGAUUAGUGUCGGCAUCCCGAAUGACGAGGCCCGUGAGAGCAUCCUCCGCGCCAUGGCCCGGAACAUGACGAUUGAGCCCGGUGCCCUGGACUGUGUGGCCCGGGAUACGCCUGGGUUUGUGGGGGCCGAUUUGCAGGCCCUCCUGAAGGAGGCCGUACAGGCGGCCGUCAGUCGCAUUGUCGACCGUGUGAGCAAGGAGGCGGCGCCUGCCCCGGCCCCUGUCGACACUGUGACCGAGGCUGCUGCUGCUGCCGCUGCCGCUGCCGCUGCUGAGGAUCCGUCCACGGGCAAGAUGGCCGAACCUGUGGUCGAUUCGACCAUCGCGGAAACUCCGGAUACCCGGGAUGCUCCGAUUGAUGGCGUCAUCGAGGAGGCCAUCACCGCAGCUUUGACCGGUGCCCCGCUGGUCCCCGGUGAGCGCGACUGGUCCCAGGAGCAGAUCACAUCGGCCGACUUCAUGGUGGCCCGCAAGCUGGUCCAGCCAUCGAGCACGCGCGAGGGCUUUGCCACCAUCCCCAACGUCACCUGGUCGGACGUGGGUGCGCUGGAGGGCGUUCGUCGCGAUCUGCACAUGUCCAUUAUCGCGCCGAUUCGGCACCCGGAGAAGUUCCGCGCCCUGCGGUGCUCCACGCCGAGUGGCGUGCUGCUCUAUGGCCCACCCGGCUGUGGUAAGACCCUGGUGGCCAAGGCCGUGGCCAACGAGUCGCGCGCGAACUUCAUCUCGGUCAAGGGGCCGGAGCUGCUGAACAAGUAUGUCGGCGAGUCGGAGCGCGCGGUCCGUGCCCUCUUUGCGCGGGCCGGCGCCAGUGCCCCGUGCGUCAUCUUCUUCGAUGAGCUGGACGCCCUGGCGCCCUCGCGAUCUGGCAAUGAGGGCGGCUCUGGCAAUGCGGCCACCGAGCGCGUCGUUAAUCAACUGCUUACGGAGAUGGACGGUGUCGAUCGGCGAAACGGGGUAUUUGUCAUUGGUGCCACCAAUCGCCCGGACAUCAUUGACCCGGCGGUCAUGCGCCCGGGCCGCCUGGGCAAGCUCAUCUAUGUGGGCCUGCCGUCGGCGGUGGAACGCCAGCGCAUUCUGCAAACGCACCUCCGCAAUGUUCCCCUGGCAACCGAGCCCCCGAGCGAGGUUGUCAGCGUGUCUGCUCUGGCGGAUCUGUGCGAUGGCUUUACUGGCGCCGAUCUCGCGUCUUUGGUGCAGGAGGCCGCCAUGCUGGCCGUGCAGGAGUCCAUCGCCGCCGAUGAUCCACAUCUGGCGGGUCUUCUUCGUCGUCUGGAGGGCGAUGUUGCAUCUGCCGAGGGUGCAUCUGCUGGGGCUACCGCCGCGGAGGAGGGGGUCGCCACUGAGGAUGUGGCUCCCGCGCCGCCGGCCGUUCCCCAUACGCCGGUGUUGCAGAUGCGGCACUUUGUCGCCUCAUUGGCCAAGGUCCGCCGGUCGGUUACUCCAGCGGAUCAGAAGCGCUACGAGGCUAUGUACAAGAAGUACUGUCAGUAGGGGGGUGGAUGGGGAUGUUUGCCUGGCUGGUGUCGUCUCCGGGCCGACUGUUUGUCGAAACAAAAAACCGGGCUCGGGAGCGACAUCAUGCCUGGCACUCCUCCAUUCCCCAACAAUAAUAAACCCAUAGAUAGACCCUCCCCGGGUCACACGAUGUUGCUG